UGACAUUUACGUAGUGCGCUCCGUACCGCCGCGAAGACGCGCGUCCGUUGCGCGCAUUAAAAAAAAUAAGCGUUCGAAUUACAAAAUUUAUUCGAAUUGUGAAUAUUUAUCCGAAAUAGAGGUGCCUAUGUUCAGUUGAAGUGCUCAGUUUUUUAAUUUAACGUUUUUUAAUGGAAUAUUUUUGUUUUUGAAUUGCGUAUUUUGGAUGUGAUUUCGCUAGGGGUCGUUUUCCCUGGGAGAGCAUUACUAUAGCAACGAAUUUACGUCAAGUUCAUGGGCGGUUGGUGCAUUCGCUCGAUAAUGAGUAGUUUUGGAGACUACUGACUUUUAUUUAUGACCAUCUUCAAUUAAAGUGCACAAUACAGUUACAAACUUCGACUGGAGUGCAAGUGACUUGACAAUUGCGUACCAAAUCUCUUUGAACGACCCAAAUGUAUGUUUUAUGGGAAAAAGCUCUUACGUGAAGCACCAUGAGUUUGAUGGCGUUUAUUAAGUUCGGGUAUGCGCUUGUGGUGGUGACGCUGCUGCUCAUGAUAUGGGCAUCACUGUCGAGAGCAUUGGAACUCCACAUAGACUCCAAGCACCCACCAUGCUUGUUCCAAGCAUUAUGCACAUGUUCGAAACCAGCUGGCGACUUGGGCAUCGUGAACUGCAACCACGUCCCGAUCCUGAAGGUGCCAGCAACGAUCAACAGUUCCAAGGUCUUCAUACUGCAGCUGACUGGAAACCAGAUCAGGGAUCUGGAACCACAGUUCUUCCAAGCAACAGGCUUGUACCGGCUUGCAAUUAACGAGAACCCGCUGGAGAGUAUCCAUGAAGAAGCGUUCUAUGGCCUCGACAAUACACUCUGGGAAUUGGAACUACGACACGACAAAUUGACGUCUGUGCCCAGCAGGGCCCUCAGAUACUUGCAGAAACUACGAAUACUGGAUCUGACAGGAAACGAGAUAACAGACAUAUCCGGAGACAACUGGCGAGGGUUGGAACACACACUAACGACUUUGAUACUGGCUGACAAUUCGAUCGCGAACCUUCCCCUGGACGCCUUCUCCAGUCUACCGAUACUAGAAACUUUGGACCUUCAUGGAAACCAUCUGUCGGUUAUCGAUAGCGGCGUGUUCCGAGAUGGAAUGAGCAGAUUGAAUAAGUUGCUUCUGAGUGACAAUCAACUGGCUUACAUACCUUACGAAGAGUUAUCACCGUUGCGUCAGUUGAGGUUCCUGGACCUUUCAAAUAACUUGAUCAAGCAAGUUCCACCUGCACACGACUUGAAUGGAAUCAAACUGUCCUUAGACUCUUUGAAGUUGGACAACAAUCUCAUCAAAAUAUUGUAUCCUGGAUCCUUCCAGUAUUUCAACGUUUUGAACUCGACUUCUUUGGACGGCAAUGCAAUUUAUGCUUUGAGGGAAGAUGCCUUCAGAAAUGCAAAGAUCAAGACCCUCUCGCUCCGUGACUGCAGUCUGGUGGAACUGUCUCCAGCUGCCUUCGCUGGUCUGGAGAACAGUCUCCAAAGCCUCGACCUUUCGGAGAACAACCUCACCAUGAUCUCCAAGUUUAUGCUGAACAAGUUGGACUCUUUGAGGUUCUUGAAUCUGAGGGAAAAUAAGGUUGACAUUAAUCUUCUAACAUCGACACCGACAACAGACUACGCCAUGCAGUCGUUCAACAACUUCCAAUACAAACUGUUCUAUUUGGACAUCAGCAGCGCUAGCUCCAUUGAAGUGAAUUUGCAAGAUUUUAGGAGAAUGAGAUCUCUACGCUACCUAUCAUUAAGCAAACUGCUCAGACAAACCAUUAGGACAGAAGAUUUCCUAGAAUUCGGUGUGGAACUAGAAGACUUGAAGAUAUAUGGCAGCACUGUGACGAGAAUAGAGUCCAGUGCCUUCCAACAUGUCAGGACUAUUAAAACGUUGGACUUGUCGGAAAACAAUAUCGAGUUCGUUGACCCAUUUGCUUUUGCUGAGCUGCACAGUCUAACAACGCUAAAGAUGGCGAACGGUUUAGCAGACUCAGUGAAACUGUUACCGUUUGAACCUCUAAAGGCUCUCAUAGAACUACAGUACUUGGAUCUAAGUAACAAUAAGCUGAAGAAUGUACCAGACACAUCGUUCCAUUUCCUCUACAAACUGAAGCGGUUGAAUUUGCAGGAUAACUAUAUUGAACAUUUCUCCAAAGGGACUUUGCAGGGCGAUAUCCAUGGACAGCUAGAAAGCAUUUGCUUAAACGCAAACCAGAUUCGACAAAUAGUAAUGCACGCAUUCGUAGGACUGAAAGAGUUACAAGAAGUAUUAAUAGAAGACAAUCAGAUAGAACUCAUUCAGAGGAGAGCGUUUACUAUUCUUGAUAAUUUGAAGGUCAUUAACCUAAGAGGGAACAGGAUCUAUGAAAUAAGCGAGGAAGCUUUCCAGAACAUACCUGCUUUGACUGAGUUGGACAUAUCAUUUAACAACCUCGACACGUUCAAAUUUUCAAUAUUUGACCAAGUCGGAUCGGCCACUGCUUUGAAAGUCAACGCUUCAUACAAUAGGAUCAUCACAUUGACUGAUUCUAAUGCUCCCAGCUUCUACACGUCUAACUUCUAUCCACCACCUAAAGCCCAAAAUAUUUCAUCAAACAUCAGUAUGUAUGAAAGUUUCACUGACACUGAGGAAGAUCUUGUAUUAACACAAGGUCUCGGAACGGUCUCAGUAAAUAUCAGAGUGUUGGAUUUCUCGCAUAAUAAUAUCACUUAUAUUGCGCCGUACUACUUCAGGCAUGCAGAUUUAACUCUAACAGAACUGCAUCUGUCACACAACAAACUCAGAAAUAUUACUCGAGAAGUAUUCGGAUCUAUGCAUAUGCUGCAAUACUUAGACCUGUCACACAAUUAUAUUUACCACAUGGAAUACGAUUGCUUCAAGAGGGUUAAGAACUUACAGAUAAUAAACUUAUCUCACAACCAUUUGAUCGAUCUCCCUGUGGAAAUAUUCAGCGACAUGCAGAAGUUAACGUCAGUGGAUCUAUCGGACAAUCACAUCAAGAAUUUGGCGGAUAACCUCAUUCCAUCACCGGCUUUAGAAAGGCUAGACUUAUCGGACAAUUUAUUGUCAAGAAUCCCAACAAACUGCCUGUCUCCGGCUGCAUCAGCUAACUUAGUAGAACUGGAUCUAAGUGGUAACACUAUACCAGCGGUCGCUCUUGGAGAUCUAGUCCAAAGAUUCCGGAGCCCUGAUCAGUUGAGCGAUUACUGGCCCGAGGAACCUGACUACAGUGACGAAUACAUGUACCACACGGCUAGACGAGAUCACACCAGAGUGUUCCACCAAAAAAAACAAUACCCGCAGAAUAUUUUGUACAAGUCUCUAGCCUGGUUGGAUUUAUCAAACAAUCACCUUGUGCGAAUCGAAGGCGGGUCCUUCUCAGCGUUGCCAAAACUCCGCUGGUUAGAUCUAAGUAACAAUUCGCCUUUUAACUCUGGCGAUCGAGGAACCACAAUUUUCAAAGGAUUGGAAAGAAAAUUGUCUCAUUUGGGACUGAAGAAUGUCAGCUUAGUUUCUGUACCUUCGAUGUCUUUGAGCAAAUUAAAGAGUUUGGAUCUAUCAUUCAACAACCUGCCUUCGAUUCCACCAGAAAUAACAGCAAACUUGACACGUCUCAGAGCUUUAGACUUGUCUUACAAUGACCUGACUGCUGUUCCUGUGGCAACGCAUUCAUUGAGUGACCUUCGCUGGCUGUCUCUCUCUGGCAACCCGAUCACUGCUCUGAUGAACACCAGUCUGUAUGGAGUAUCACCUCGUUUGGAAUAUUUGGAUGUUACCAAAUUGAGGUUGAGAAUACUUGAGCAUGGUGUCUUCAGCAAGAUGUAUGGACUACGGACACUCAAAAUAACAGCAUAUUCCAAUGUGAGAGAUUUCAACGUACCAAAGAUGUUGUCAUAUAACGCCGGUUUGGAGAACUUGAUGAUUGAAACUGAUUAUGAUUCGGUGGAAUUUGGCAAGGAGAUGUAUGGACCACUACCACUGAAACUUAAUAAUAUCACAAUCACUGGACGAUACUUGAAGUAUUUGACGCAGUAUCUGCUGAGCGGUGUCCAAUCUAAAGUACUCCGCCUAACAGUCUUCAAUACCAGCGUAGAGGAGAUAGCGAGCGAAGUGUUCUGGCGACCAGGCCGCGUCACCAACCUGACGCUGGACCUGCGGGAUAACUACAUCGUGAGAGUACCAAAUCCUUCCCAAAGACCAUGGCCACACGUGCCGAAUACUGUGUUCCUGCAAGACAUAUUGGUUGCUGGCAAUCCUUUGACUUGUGACUGCGGUAUCGGAUGGAUAAAAGCAUGGGACCGUAAAAGAAGACAGUACCUCUGCGACAGCCCGUCUAAUUGCGUGUCCACCCGUGACGAUGUCAGAUUCGCAACGUGUCCAGCAUACGACAACAGAACAUUUGCUGACGUUUUAUCAAGAGAUCUGGAUUGUGAAUGGAACAAAGGCUUCAUAGGAUCACCCAAUUUCUUCAUAGUGUUAGGCAUGUCUAUCCUAACGUGCCUCUACAUAUGAGGACUGUUCUGGCUACUUGGGGUAUACGAGGAAUUCAACUUGAUUUUGGCAAGGAUGUAUAAUUCUAACUCUUAAAGGCCUCACUUAAGACGUACUUUAUUUAUUUAAUAGAUACAAAACCACUUUUGUACAGAAUAAAAUUCUGACGCUUAUCAAUUUUUCGAUACUUUGGAACAUAGAACUAGAUAGUAUUAAACUCGAAGAAGAUUUUUACAGCUUCUUUAAAAUAAUAUGUAAAUAAAAUCAAAUGCAAUCGUUAAGGGUUGUAGGAAUCUUCUUCGAUCAGACGAAAUCCAGCAAGGAGUGAGAUAGCAUUGAAAUGUUUUUCAUACUGUACCUGUUCUUGUGGCCUACAUACUGAGUCUUGGUCUGGGAGAUCCUGAAUAGCCAAAUCCUAGUUAGUGUUAGUGAAACGGAAGUAUAUGCUUUAAGACUUGAAGUCAGGACGUUGACGCAUUGACGGAGGACAAGUGACUUUUGUAUACUUAAGUGAUUGCGAUAAUUCUAGUGAAGCCUACUAAAAUGUGAUUUAUCGUUUAAAAAAAAGGAAAGCAGAUGUGUGAUCUCAGAAGAAUCGUUGGACAAGUUACCGUAACUUCAUAUUUCUUAGUAAAUUACAGUUUGCGUUUCCCCCCACCCCUCCCAAAACCCUGUUUUGCGUGUGUAGUUUUAAGAAAUUUUAAUUUGAACAUUUCACGCAUUUCGUGCACUGCCUUACAUAACGAAUUUUCUGUGAUUAUUGUCCAGAAUAUAUGUCCAACUUGUAUGGUGCGUUUGAUCUUACACGAUAUUGUUAAGAACCGCGUGUGGAAGUGCACUUAAUGUGUUUUAGAAGUUGCAUUUACGUCGUUUUAUAAGAUAAGUUCACACGAAAGCAAUGACUUAAUUAUGAUCGUCUAAGUAGACUGCAUUCGCUCGAAUGGUAUAUGUGUUCGUCCAUUAUUAAGAGUAAAAAUAUUAUUUAUAGAUGUAUUCAUUUUUGUAAUAGGUGACUUUAGGUGUAGACUAAUCGAAUCAUUUAUAAACAUUUCCUUAUAUUCAAUAUCUUUAACAUUUUCUUCAUUGUCAUUUGUUUCAUAGUACGUAGUCGUGUUAGGAUCGUUGUCCCGACGAUCUUGAUUCUAAACAAAUGUUUGUACAAAGUCUCUAACUCAUUUCUCAUAAAGUCUAUAUUCAGAGUCACUAUCUUCUCUAAGAAAGCUUAAUCCUAUUCUAUAUUUACUCUUUAAUAUUUUUCAUUGUUUAGCUGUUUACAAAGUCUAUCUGGUUAUUGUUGGAUAAACAUAUUUUAUUACAUAUUACGUAUAAAUAAAUGUGUCAUUAGCUGUUAUUGUAUCGGAGCAUGCUGUAAUAUAUACAUUGUACGUAUAUACUAGGAUUUUAUCGACUGAAUUUAAGUGUUUCGGAGCUAUAUCGCUGGUUAUUGUAUAAGAAACGUUGUUUGUAUGAUGUCCAAUGUGGCUUGUUUCUAUUGUUGCGUCGCUUCACUUUUUUCUGUCACAGUUUUAUUAAUUUUUCUAUGAAUAUUUUAGACGUGCACGCUAGCAAUAGUUUAGUCGGUUGAAAGUUGCAUGUUUCUAGCUUUCUUAUCUAUUUCUAUAACUGAGUGAGUUCAAUUAAAUACCUCUUCUUCAGUGGUCCAGUGUGUGCUGUCAGGCCUAUUGUUGACUUUUGUUUUCAAUGCCAUUUCACGAUGCACCUGAUUAUUUUGUACCACUUCAGUGAAUCGUACUCGAUCAUGUUUUAGUGACACAGCAUUGGCGUUAAGUUUGGUAUUGAAAACAAAGGAAUAUCGUUGUAACAAUGAAUAUAUUUUGUGAUAUAUAUUACUCUAAUCCUUCUAUUUUUGAUAAAGCCUACAAUGAAUAUUGCUGAAACUAAACGGGAAUUGUAUAGCUGAAUAAAAUUGACAUUAUGAAUAAAAAUAUUACCGCUUCUGUAUAGAUUAGAUCCGAUUGUCAAUUGUUGAUCAUUAUUAUUAAAAUCAUUUCCUUCGAUGGUACUAAAUGGUAUAUUUGUAUUUUAUUCGAAUAAAUAAAUAGCUUGCUUGAAUUUUAUGAUAAUUGUAAUUAAAUAGCCCUACAUCACAUUUUCUGACCUAUGGUAGCUAAAAGCGUUUUUGUAUGGUCGGCUCCUUUUGUGAAACACAAACAGAAACUCAAUAUUUAAUAUAUUAAAAUAUAAAAAUACUCUUACUUUACUCAUUUUAAUCUGCAAUGGAGGUUUUACAUCGGCUUGUAUUAUAACUUCGUUGCUUACUAGUGCCAUCUACAUUAUUAAGUAGCAAACCUCGAAUAUGACGAGAAAUUACAAAUUAAUUCUUCUGCAAGGUCCAUUGUGAUAGUACCUUAUAAUAGCUAGUGCCAAUACAUACAGAAUUAAAUAAUAUAAACAAAAUCUUGUUUGAAACUAUAUAAAUUUUAUUUUGCGAUUGGAAAAACGACCAUUGAUCUUAUAUAAAUAAGAUUCAAAAUAUGUUUGACUCUUGUUUAAAAAGAAAUUGACAUGUGCUAUGUGGCAUUAAGUUUACGUUUAUUUUUAUUUAUGUAUAUUAAAUUAAUCAUACAAUAAGUAUGAAUGAAAAUUGAGUUUAUUUCAAUGUAAAAUAAACUUUAAAUUAAUAUGGUUAAGGGUGUGUUUCAGCUAAGUAAAGUUCGAACAAACAAAAUUGUGUGAAAUCUAAUCACCUUGUGUAAGUACGUAAAGAUAUGAGCCUUAAAAUAAUAUCAGCCAGUAUUAUUAUGAUUUCUAUCACAAUACGAAUAAAGUUUAAAUUAAUAUAUCAACAAAUUUUUAUUUAAUUUUAAGACUUAAACAAAACUGAAAGGUCCAAUCGUAAAAUGAAAGUUUAUUGAAAGAAAGCUUUAUUACGUUCACAAUAUGGUUUUAAAUGGAAACGCUGUAAAUAUGUUUUAUGAUAUUUUCUUUGUAAUAGAGUGUUAAGGAGGAUAACUAAAUGUCGGUAAUUCAGUGAGUUUGAAUGUUAUAUUCAAAGGAUAGAGGACGAGGGAAUGUUUUUGUCUUCACUACUUAAAAGAAUAGUGUGAAAUAAAAAUAAGUAAUCAUUGAAUUAUUAGCGUAUUAAAAUAAAUUAUUGCGUAAAUAUUA